AUGCAUAAACGCCUGCGGUCCAUUCUUGCAGCGUUCAAUCUCUUGUACUCCGCCGCCGCCGAACUUGUUUCGAGGAAUUCCGGUUAUUCUCUACAUGGUGCGAAGCGAAUGCAGGGCGGUUUGCACUUGCCCUUGAGCCGGAGGCUUAUCCCUAAACGAAUCACGCUCAGUGCGGACACCGGUGUAGCGGGACUUGGAGAUUUUUUCGACGUAACGUAUAGUGUCCUUAUAGACAUCGGUGGCACAUCCUUGCCUGUCGUCCUAGACACGGGUUCCUCGGACUUGUGGGUACUGUCCAAUGUAUGCCAGGGAACAUGCUCCUCAGUAAAUGCGGUUCUUUACCCAACGAACACGUUCCAUGAUAUGGGCCUGGAUGCCACCAUAGUGUAUGGCGAUUCGAAGACUGGAACGUAUGCGAGAGGGAUCAUUGGAUAUGAUGCGGUGUCGCUGGCGGGUCUUACUUUGCAAGAUCAGUAUUUUGCGGCGAUUAAUGAUACCAAUACGUCCGUGGUUCAAAACAAGUGCUCUGGGAUCUUUGGACUCGGGUUUCCUCUCAACAGUGUGAUCUGGACCGAUAUGUUCCUGAACCAACAUCAGGUUUCGAGACGACGAAGUCUUCAUCGUGAUGCAGUUUCGCGUAUCACUGCCAUGCGAAGAAAUUACGCAAAUCGCUGGUUUGACAAGUCCAUCCUCGGAAUUUCCUCGUCUCGACAUACCGAUCCUCCCUCUUACCAAUCUAUGCCUCAGGAGAAACGUCAGACGACCUCGUCCGCUAUAAUUUCGUCUUUUGGGGUAUCCGGUCCAUUUAUCCAUCGCCUUGCUUCGCUCGGAGGACUUGCCUCGCCCAUGUUCGCGAUUGCGCUGCAGCGAGACACAAUCGACAUCGGGGGGAACGAAGGCAUGCUCUCCAUAGGUGGACUACCACCUGGGGUCCAAAACGAGAGCCUGACGUGGGUUCCUGUGCGUAAAUAUACGCUUCAGCAAGACGGCUUGACACAAAAUGAUUCUUUUGAGUUAAUCCGCCCGCCAAAGGCAUAUCCCAUUGCUUGGGAAAUCCCUGUAGACGACGUCUUUCUUGACGGCGUGAAACUUCCGCGGUCACAGUUAUCUUCUAGUAAUAUCUCACUGUCAGCGCUAAUCGAUACAGGCAAUUCUUUAAUCCGCGGUCCGCCUGACGUUAUUUCGUACAUCCAGAACAUGCUGGGGGGACCUCAGUUCGCCUGUUCAUUUCCUCAUACACUGGCAUUCCAGAUUGGUGGUCGUAUGUUCCCCGUCGACCCAAGAGACUUCAUCAACCAGGUGCGCUCAGGGAACGCACAGGUGUGCGGGGCGAAUCUUGCACAGACUGAUGUGCCUGUUCUCGGUGGGGGUGGAUACCUGUACAGCUGGAGUCUAGGGGAUCCGUUUCUGAAGGGCGUGCUCGCAGCGUUCUAUUACGGCUCUUUCACGGGACUUUCGCAAGACCCUCCGCGUAUUGGGUUCCUAUCUACCAUGUUGCCGCCAUCCUCCCUUUCUUCUCCACUGAGCACCGGAAUUGGUGGGGUCCCUCUGGCAACUCCUCUUCCCGGAUCUGUUCAUGAUGCAGGCGGGAGAACACAAGCUGGGCCAGGCAAAUGGUGCACGAGAGGGCAUGCAGGUGGGUUCCAUCUGCCACAUUGUGGUGUUCAUUUUUCAUUUUAG